UCUUUCCUCAUCUACUUUGGCGUCUCCGCAGCAGCAGCGGCAGCAGCGGCAGCAGGAGGCUGAGAGUGUUUGCUAACAGGAGAGGAGAAGAGCUGAAGAAACCAUGAGAGAGCUGAUUUUAGGUGAGUCAACACUCCAACACAUCUUUACUCUCUAAGUAUGAACUUCUAUCUGACACCUUUGUUCAUUUAGAGAGGUUUUAGCAGCGGUUUAGCUCCUGUAGUUAGCUUUACUUGCGAAGUUUAGGUGUAUGAAAACAGAGUUAGGCCUCUGUUAUCGACAAAUCAAUGAAUCAAUAAUCAAUAAUGUCUGUUUUACUUUAUUUCCUUCCAAUGAGGAAUAAUCUAGUGAGCUGCUGUGACUCGGGUUAACCCUCGAACACUAAAGUUAGUAACACCAUCACUGUGACUAUCGGGGAUUUUUAACUUAAACAAUGAACCCAAGAAUCCAAAUACAUCAAAACAGGAGAAAACAGGAGGAAUUAAAGUCCUUUUAUUUUAACUGUGUGAUGUCCAAAGGGAGGGAACAAUGUGACACGGGGGGACCAGAUAAAAAUACAACAAAAUCACUGAAAUUAGGAAUUCAUCAACAAUAAUCUAUCUAUCUGUAGAUAGAUAGAUAGAUAGAUAGAUAGAUAGAGAACACGAGUCUGUAGGAAAAAUCAGGUUUUGGAUCAGAGAAACAAAUAUGUCUUCAAAGAUGUCAAAGGAAACACUGAAGAUACUCAGAGACCCGUGAUACUCAGACAAACACAACAUCAGGAACAUCACCUGGAGAUCAUCUCCGUAGGGUUAACGUUGUUCUCUCAGUGCUUCACCUGCUGCUCAGACAGGCCUUCACAGUUUUCUGGAUGAUCGUUCACCCUCAUCAUCUCCACCCUCAUCCUCAGGGGUGCUGGUCUGCUCCCUGGUCCUGUCUGUCCAGGCUCUGUACUCAUCCUCAGACGAUGUUGUGGAGCUCACUCCCUCAAACUUCCACAGAGAGGUGAUCCAGAGCGACAGUCUGUGGUUGGUGGAGUUUUACGCUCCCUGGUGAGUCCUCCUAACUUUCCCUUUGUUCAGAGAAACCUCAGAUCAGCUGAUCCAGGACGCGGUGGUGUUUAUAACUUUAGUGUCAAACAUUAAAUUCGACAUUUGAAUGUUGACUUUAAGUUGGAGUCCUCAGUGGCUCCUCCUUCAGAAACGUUACCUGUGAUCUGAGGACACGUGUCUGUAAAUGUAAAUGUUCUUUACAACGAACCUUUCAGUGAACCAAAGUGCUUUACAAUACAGAGUAAAAAGGAAUAAAUAAAAACAAUAAAAAAAUAAUAAAUUACAGUGCAAUAAAAUAAAAUGUCUCCACUCUACUAACGAUUAAAAACCAGCAUAAAUAAAAACGUUUUUAAUCCGGAUUUAAAAAGGCUCAGGUCAGACAUGAGUCUCAUUUAGGUGUGGAGUUUAUUCCAGAGUCUGAGACCAGCGACUGAAACGUCUCGGUCACCAAAGUGUUUGUGUUUUGACCUCCAGCAGACGUCGGUUUGACGACCUCAGAGCUCCACUCAGCUCCUGAGCGGUUUAAAGGUCCGUUAAAUAGAUGGAGGCGAGGCUUUUAAAAGAGGUUUAAAAACAAACAUUAAAAGUUUAAAAUCAAUGAAGGGAGCUGAGGACAGGAGCUCACAUCUGUUAGUGUUAAAAGACGGGCAGCAGAAUUUUGGACCAGCUGCAGGAGACUAAGAGAUGAUCGGGAGAUGCCGACAUAAAGUGAAUUACAGUCGAAUCUUGACCUGAUUAGAGCGUGGAUGGUUAUCUCAAGGUCGUGACGGCUUAAAAACAUUUGACCUUGGCCAGGAGACGAAGUUGGAGGAAACUAGUCCGGAAAACAUGAUCAUGAACACACACAGUCAGCGGCUUUAGAGCCUGAAAUGAAGUCUGGAGAGGUUCAGACGUGUUCACGCUGAUCUCAGUGUAAACGGAUCAUUUCCUGAAUUUAGUGAUUUACUGAUUUGACGACAUGUCAGGAUGGAGUCAGUUACUCAGACGUGUGGAGAUAUUCUGAAAUUAAAAUCCUUGUUAAUACAGAGCGUUGAAUAUUGUCUGCAUGUGUUAAUAUUGGAUCACAUGACCUGAUGAUUCAUGGGAGUGACAAAGACUUCAGGUCUGUUGGAGUCAGUCCGUCUAACGUGAACUCAUGGCUCUUCUCCUCCUUCUCUCUCAGGUGUGGUCACUGUAAAAGUUUGGCCCCGGACUGGAAGAAGGCGGCGACGGCCCUCAAGGUAAACAGAGAGUGUGUGUGUGUUCGUGUGUGUGUGUGUUAUCAGCAUUGUAAGUCAGCGCUGAGGAAAGCAGCUGGAUGUGAGACGUGGGCGAAUCUUCCUGAAUAUGAAUGAUCUUCAGACUCUGAUUAUUUAAUGACGGUUUAUUUAUCGAAGAGAGUUUAUCUCCUUUAUUAUUCAUCAUCUCUGAAUCAUGGUGACAGAGAUGAUAAAUUAAACACCGACCUGUUUGUCCUUCAGGGUAUCGUGAAGAUUGGUGCAGUAGAUGCAGACCAGCACAACUCACUGGGAGGCCAGUAUGGAGUCAGAGGAUUUCCCACCAUCAAGAUCUUUGGAGCCAAUAAGAACAAACCGGAGGAGUACCAAGGUGAGAUGACCGAGCGAGUCCAAACACACGCUUAGUUUGAUGAAUGAUCAUCACUCGUCUGCUCUGAAACCUCUCAAAGUGAUUGUGAACUCUGCGUGUUCUUCUGUGUCCAGGCGGCCGCAGCAGUCAGGCCAUCGUGGACGGAGCCAUGAACGCUCUCCGUUCUCUGGUCAAAGAGCGUCUGAGCGGGAAGUCCGGCGGCUCUGGUUACAGCAAACAGGUCAGAGUCGACAGUCAAGUUUGAUGAUGAAGCUCUUCAUAACUUUCUCUGAUCAUAACGAACGAACGCUCGGCUGUCUGCCAACAGAGCGAUGGCGGCAGUGCUGGCGGCAGCAAGAAGGACGUGGUGGAGCUCACCGACGACAACUUUGACAAGCUGGUGCUGGAGGGCGAGGAGGUGUGGUUGGUGGAGUUCUUCGCCCCCUGGUGUGGACACUGUAAAAAGUGAGUUUGAUUCUUCUGCACAGUCCAUGACUGAUGGUCUCCUAAAAGGUCGUAUCCUCCGAUCGUAGCUGAUCGUAACCAUUCAAGUUAACGUGUCAAUUUACACCGACUUCUUUCCGUUCCUCUGCGGAUCGCCGGACUCCUCAGCUGAUCACAAGAGUUCUAUAUUCCACAUUUUAACUGUUGUCAAAAAUCUUUGUCUGGAUGGACGCAGAUGUUCCUCAUAAACCUGGAGAUGUUGUCUAAAACUGAGGAUGCAGCAUCUAGGAUUUCUAAUUCUUCGUUGAAAGGACAGCUUUCCUUUCCAAAAGAGAGUUACCCCCGACCUCCACCUUCAUCCUGAUCGUCUACUAAAAGGUCGUAUCCUCCGAUCGUAGCUGAUCGUAACCAUUUAAGUUAACGAACGUGAAUCCGCAGGUUCUCGUGAGUUCUCGUGAUUACAGCUGUCCAAAAUCUGCCAUAAAAUUCGCCUCACAAACAGAUCUGGUAGGAAUUAGCAGACGGCGAAAAUCGCAGCCGUUCAGGAUGUGGUGAGUAACACCUCAGCCCGUCUGAUUUCAGAGAUUUCUCCUCCACAUCAGGACAGAAGAUCUGUCUCUGAUCGUCUGAGUUUUUCUUUGAGUCUGACUCACAGACUCUAAAAAACUUUGGAGGAGGAGGAGGAGGAGGAGGAGGAGGAGGAGGAGGAGGAGGAGGAAGAGGAGGAGGAGGAGUCACUGUCAGGUUGGCGCUCUCCUCUGUUUUUAAGCUCUCGGUUCCUCCUGACCUUCGCUCUCCUCUGUCUCCCACAGCCUGGAGCCUGAGUGGGCAGCUGCAGCUUCAGCCGUCAAGGAGCAGACCAAGGGCAGAGUUCGCCUGGGAGCCGUGGACGCCACCGUGCACCAGGCCGUGUCCAGCCGCUACGGGGUCAGUGAGAGUCGGCGAGGUCCUGACUCUGCAGCACCUCAUGGGAACGUAGACGUGUGAGACCGGAGUGAAAAAGGUCCAAGAGUGACGGCGGCUUUUUCUCUCUCUGAGCAGAUCCGAGGGUUUCCGACCAUCAAGAUUUUCCGUAAAGGGGAGGAGCCUGAAGACUACCAAGGAGGCCGCUCCCGCAGUGACAUCAUCGAGAGGGCCAUGGACCUGUUCUCGGAUAACGCUGCUCCUCCUGAGCUGCUGGAGGUCCGUACCCGUGUGUCACCGCAGGUCUGUCUCUUUGAAUCCAUCAUCUCUGUAAAAACGUCUGACUGUGGUUAACCUCCGUCUCAGAUCCUCAACGAAGACGUCCUGAAGAAGACGUGCGAGGACAGUCAGCUGUGUGUGAUCGCCGUCCUGCCUCAUAUCCUGGACACAGGUGAGAGCGGACACACUCGCACUGAUCAUCAUCAUUCACCUGUGAGUCGCUGACCUUCUUCUGCUCUGACAGGUGCGGCAGGUAGAAACGGUUACCUGGAGGUGAUGAUGAAGAUGGCGGACAAGUACAAGAAGAAGAUGUGGGGGUGAGCGGCGGGGGAGACGGUCACAUCAGAACGACACAAACGAACAAACAUGGCGCUAACUAACCGCUGCCUCUCUCCCCUCAGCUGGUUGUGGACGGAGGCCGGCGCUCAGAUGGAGCUGGAGGCCGCUUUGGGCAUCGGGGGAUUCGGUUACCCCGCCAUGGCCGCCAUCAACACCCGUAAGAUGAAGUUCGCUCUGCUCAGAGGGUCCUUCAGCGACACCGGCAUCCACGAGUUCCUCAGGUAAGACCACCUCCACCUUUUUUUCUUCACAAUGAAAAGAGUCCAGAUCUCCUCCACAUGGUUCUGAUCGGGUCCAUCUGCCCUCAGGGAGCUCUCCUUUGGACGUGGAUCCACUUCCACCCUGGGAGGCGGGGCCAUGCCCAAGAUUGUGGCUGCUGAGCCCUGGGAUGGCAAAGACGGGCAGGUGAGUGGGAGCAUCCAGAGAGAGGCGGAGCUAUCAUACAGAGGACUGAUCUAACUCGGGUUCGACCUGCAGGGUCUUAAAGAAAAGUUUAUUUAAAAUCAGUGUCAGAAAAAUCUCUGCAAAGAUCUCUGAAAUACUUCUCCACAUCUGGAGAAACAUCUCGAAGUUCCUCUGACCCUCAGAGUUCUCAUCAUUGAAACGUCUCUGUGAGUUCAGGCUCAGACCUGGAUCAUGGAGGUCUAACAGAGUCCCUCUACGGUUUCUAAAGAGUCCAGGAGUCCGUGUUGGUGGUCCUUCUAAGUUUCUGCUCUGUGUCCACAGCUUCCUGUCGAGGAGGAGUACGACCUCAGUGACGUAGACCUGGAUGAUGACUUUGAAAAAGACGAGCUAUAAGCCCAAACGGGGCGGGGUUUGAUCCAGACUGGGUUGGUUGGAUCUGGUCUGGUCCGAUCCUGAGGGACCCGCCUCCCCUCUCCUGUGGACGAAUGGGAGGCCUGGUCGCCCAGUUACUGAAAUACUCCAGAAAGACACAAGAGAGACACCUGCAGUUUCUCAGAUCAUCUCUGUCUGACACACGGGAGAGAGAGGCUGAACUCUGAACAUCAGACUCUGCAGCCCAGGAGACGAGGGAUCAAACUGUACAUGUGUUUUUAUUUUUGUCACCUGAUGUGAGUCUUUUUCUUCUUCUUAAACCAGUACGUGUGGAUCUGGGUGGGUUUGCUUCCUGUCUGUUCAGGAUCAGGGGAAACUGUGGGACUUCUUGUGUAGAUUUUUCUUACACGACUUUAUUUCAAUUGUGUGAAAAGAAAACGACAUUUUUGUUACAAAAAUAAAAAGGAAUAAAAACAAAAUCAC